AACAAAUUCUGAUGCCGUGAUUCAGGUCUGGACUGGAUCCGAUAGUUUCCCCCAAUCCUCUCGUCUUUCAGGAAAACAGAUUGAGAGAUGCCUCAAGCUCUGUCUUUCGGCCUCUCUUUCCUCAUCUCCUUCUCUGAUCUAUAGCGAAACCAAGCUUUAAAAAACUUUAGAAAAAUGGAAUUGAACUCUUCUUUUGUUUUUGAUGCCCUGUAUUGUUUAGAAGAGAAUUGGGGGGGAGAACCCGGGGAAGACUACUUUGUGGAAGUAGAAGAAGGAAGUUAUUACAACAAUAAGAGUGGGAUUCAUAAAUCAAACCCUUUUCCAGCCUUGUUUGAACAAGAUUUGUCCUGGGAAGAUGAUGAACUUUCUUCUUUACUUUCAAAAGAAGAGAAAGUUCAACCCUGUGAUAGCCUUCAAAUCAAUGACAAUCUGGCUGAGGCUCGCCGUGAAGCUGUGGAGUGGAUGUUAAAUGUCAAUGCUCACUAUUCUUUCUCUGCUCUCACUGCUCUUCUUGCCGUCAACUAUCUCGACAGAUUCUUGUUUAGCUUCCGGUUCCAAAGUGACAAGCCAUGGAUGACUCAACUGGCUGCAGUAGCUUGUCUUUCUCUAGCGGCCAAAGUGGAGGAAACCCAAGUGCCUCUGCUACUGGACUUACAGGUGGAGGAGAGCCGGUAUGUGUUUGAGCCCAAAACCAUCCAAAGAAUGGAGAUUUUAGUGCUUGCCACCCUUCAAUGGAAGAUGAACCCUGUUACCCCACUUUCAUUUCUUGAUUACAUUGUAAGGAGGCUUGGAUUAAAGGACAUUCUCUGUUGGGAAUUUCUCAGGAGAUGUGACCGCAUUCUGCUCUCUGCCAUUUCAGAUUCUAGGUUUAUGUGCUACAUUCCUUCGGUAAUGGCCACUGCUACAAUGCUGCACGUUGUGGAUGGCGUAGAACCUAAUCUUAGAGCUGAAUACCAAAACCAGCUAUUAGGCAUCCUGGGAAUUGAUAAGGAUAAGGUAGAUGAAUGCUGUAAAUUGAUUACAGAACCGGCAACAAGAGCUCAAGAGAACCAAUCAAACAAACGAAGGUCUAGCUCCAUUCCAGGAAGCCCAAAUGGUGUAAUGGAUGUCUCAUUUAGUCCGGAUAGCUCAAACGAUUCCUGGGCAGUGACAUCAUCUGUGUCUUCUUCACCCCAGCAUCAAUCUAAGAAAAGCAGAAUUCAACAAGAACAGCUUCCGGAAAGGCUAAGCCGUGCUCCUUCAAACUUUCUCACUAUUCCUCAUUAAAUUUCAUCUUCAAUUCCUCCUUUUCUUUUUAUUUUUCCUUUUCCUAGACUAUAAAUAGUCUUUGCAAUAACAUUGCUGUUCAUUUUUUAUGAUGCAAGUGAAAUUGCUUUCCAUCUCUGCAUUUUCCUGUACCAAAAACUCAACCAAGACUCAUCUUCAAGAUUAUCUCCCGAAGAUGAACAGUGUUGAAAUUUACAAACAGAGAUGAUUUGCAUUCUAGAAAAAAAAAAGUCCAUGGCAAUGCAAAGUCCAUGGC